UGGACUGCUUAUUUGUUAGCAGUUUUUUUUAGUAUUUACAUUUAUAGUUGAAACCAAUUCUUUUUUAUUUUUUUUUAUUUUGUAAGUAUGGAUAUUCGACCUCUACCGUUGGAACUCAUAGAAAAGGCUCGUGUAGAACUAAAUGAAGACCCAAAACGUCUAGAAGAUGGAAUAAUACAUUUAAAGGAGUGGAUUGCAAAACAACCUCACUUACGUGCUAGAACAGAUGAUCAAUGGCUUGCAGCGUUUUUGCGGGGUUGCAAACACAGUCUAGAACUCGCGAAGGAGAAAAUUGAUAUUUAUUAUUCUCUGAGAAGCACAGCACCGGAUUUGUUUAGUUUGAAACACACUGAUUUCAAGUUUAUGGAGCUACUAAAAUCAGGGGUUCUAUUAGUUCUUCCAAAAAUUGUAAAUCCAACGGAUCCAAGGGUCAUUCUAAUAAGAGCAGGAGAGUAUGAUGCAAACAAAUACUUCGUGACCGAAUUGCUAGCUUUAUCUUUAGUUAUACAACAGAUAUUAUAUUUAGAAGAUGAUGUUUUAGUGGUAUCUGGUAUUAUCAAUAUAUUGGACUUGGAAGGAGCUUGUAUGAACCAUUUUAUGCAAAUAACACCAACGACUUUAAAGAAGCUAAUGGUUACCGGUCAGGACGCAUCUCCUGCUCGAUUGAAGAGUGCUCAUUACUUAAGUACGCCGCGGGAUUUUGAUACAGUUCUUACUAUCGGUAAAAAAAUUAUGAGUGAAAAAUUUAAGAGCAGAUUGUACGUGCACAAUAAAAAUUUUGAUGAAUUGUAUAAGCAUGUAUCGAAAGAAAUAUUACCAGCUGAGUACGGAGGGAAUGGAGGUUCAGCGCGGGAAAUAAUAGAUUAUUGGGUUAAGAAGAUAGAAACGUACAGAGAUUGGCUAGAAGAUGACCAGCAGUACGGUACCGAUGAGUGUAAAAGGGUUGGAAAUCCAAAAACAGCAGCAGAUAUAUUUGGAAUAGAAGGAUCCUUCAGACAAUUAGAAGAGAUAAAAAUGAUACGUGAACUGACACCAGGAUUGGCUAAAAUAGCAAAAGAAGAAUUGAACGAGGAACCGAAAAGAAUUAACGACGAUUUGCAACAUUUGAAGGAUUGGAUUACAAAGCAACCACAUUUGAAAGCGAGAGUCGAUGAUCAAUGGCUAGUAGGAUUUCUGAGGGGCAGUAAAUUCAGUUUAGAACGAGUAAAGAAGAAACUGGACUUGUAUUAUAGGUUAAGGACAACUAGUCCCGAUAUAACAUUACGACUAAAACCCAGUGAUUCCAAAUUCAUUGAUUUUCUUAAAGUGGGGACAUGUUUAGUUUUACCAAAGGCGAAGAAUGGGUUGCAACCACGCGUUAUUCUUCUCAGAGCGGGUGCUUAUGAUCCUGAGAAGAAUAAUGUUGCUGAUAUCAUGUGUAUUUUGUACUACUUAGUUCAGAUCGUGUUGAUGGAAGAUGAUGCAGCGACAGUGAUUGGCACAAAGAUUUUGGUAGACUAUCAAGGUGUUACUAUGACUCAUUUCGCACAAGCUAGCCCGUCGUUACUGAAGAAAAUGGUAGCAGUUUGUCAAGAUUCAAUGCCUUUACGUUUGAAGGGUAGUCAUCACAUAAAUGUGCCUUCUGGUGUUGAGUUAAUCUUCUCACUUAUUUCAAAUUUCUUAAAUGAAAAAGCUAAAGAGAGAUUGAAUAUCCAUAAAAAUCAAGAGGAUUUAUUUAAAUUUAUACCUAAAGAAAUUAUACCGGCUGAAUACGGAGGUGAUGGAGGCACUGUAUCAGAACUUAUCGAUUGUUGGACAUUAAAAUUGAAAGAGUACAAUUCAUGGAUGCGGCAAGAAGAACAGUUUGGUACCGACGAGUCUAAGCGGGCAGUCAAAUUAGAUAACAAUGACGAGUUUAGCAAUCAAGGAUCAUUUAGGAAACUUGACAUAGAUUAACAUACAUAUUAACAUAGACUAAUAUACAUUACAUUAAGAUUUAUAAGAGCUACGCAUUAAAAUGCCCAUAUAAUAUGUUUUUA